AUGUCUGAAUUCAAGUAUGACGAGAGCGUCAGUGCCACGACUGAAGCCAAAGCCAACGGCAUCGACCACAGCCGUGACGACCCUCUUCGAAGGCUACGCACCGCCGAUACUGUCACCAUGUCUCCCGAGCUCUUCGAGAAGCUCUACUUGUCGCCGCAGAAUGCGGUUAAGGGAGACCUGAGGGGGACAUUCGGCAAUCCCACACCCAUCUGCCUGGCGGGCUUCUUGCUUUCCGCGACGCCCUUGUCCAUGGUGCUUCUGGGCUGGCAGGGUGCCGGAGGUCUCGCGGCCGCUGAUGUCGGCGCUUUCGUCUUCUUCGGUGGUGUCCUGGAGAUUAUCGGCGCCCUAUUAGAAUGGGUUCUUGGCAACACUUUUACCGCCGUAGUAUUCUGUACCUUUGGCGGCUUCUUCUUGACCUUUGCAUCCGUCUUGAUCCCGGACUUUGGCGCAUACUCGAUGUACUCAACCGAUGCCAGCAAUCCCGCCGAAGGACUUGCGCAACCGGCCUUCUUCGCGACCUUUGCCGUCUUUCUCGUCGCCAUGGCUAUCCUCACCGUUGUCUACUGCAUCGCCAGCCUGCGCACGAACGUCAUCUUCUUCAUCAUCUUCCUGAUGUUGAUCCCAACCUUCGGUUGUCUGGCAUCCUCGUUCUUUGCCCUAGCUCAAGGUCGGGCAGCAGAUGCUCAGAAAUAUCAGCACGCUGGUGCGGGACUGUUGUUCGCGAUCAGUCUUCUGGGAUGGUAUAUAUUUUUGGCACUGGUGCUUUUAGCCGUUGACUUUCCACUUGCGCUCCCCGUAGGGGAUCUGUCUACCGUGGUGAAAGGAGCUUCAGCUCGAGCCAAAGUGAUGGAUGCUGAGAAGGGAGAUGCGUAG